AUGUCUUCAUCUAAUUCAACGAUAUACAAGCAAAUUCAAGCAACCAACGUUUUACGACAUGAACUUGAAACAUUGAAAUCAGGACGUAAAGUCUAUCUUCAACAACCAGGUAGUUUGGUGUUUUUCAAAAGCGAUAAAGAUACUGCACUCAAAAACUGCCAACAAAAUCUGCAAUCUCUUCAGCGUCAACAUGAACAACUUCAAAAUAAAAUGGACCUCAGUACAUAG